AAUCUCAAACAAACGUUCCGUACAAUCAGUUCAUCACAUCUUAAGAGAUGUCACAAAACAUGAAAUCAAUGAAGACAUCACUCGAGACCACAGAUGACAGCAAUGAAGACAAUAAACAACCGCAAAUCAAUGCGAAGAACGCAUUCAAUCGUUUCGGUGAUGAACUGUUUGGACACAUAUUGUCUUAUUUGCCGAUAAAAGAUAAAUUCCGAUACGAAUGUGUGUCCAAACGGUUCCAGAGGACAGUCUUCGGGAGUAUUGUGGACAUCGAUAUCUAUAUCUUCAGCGAACUCUUUGAGCAAUUAUACGACACAAACAUAACAAUCAAACCAGGCUAA